AUGAAGCUGAAGUGGACUAAUCUAGGCAUCAUCUUCUUCUUCAUCCUCUCCCUCAUCAUGACUGGAUGUUUUAUAUGGCAGUACAGACUUCCCAAGGCCAAACCAGGUAAGCGACUGUAUGAAGAGAAACUGUGCCCACGUUUCCCAGAGCCUGUGCCUCUGAAGCAUCCCAUACCUGUCCUAAUGGAUGCUCUGGAAAAGGUGGAUUCUCUUUUGAGGACCAGCAUUGAUGUAAAAACACUGCCAGCGAUUUCAUGCAUUGUCAUCUAUAACGACUCCGUGCUGUGGAAUGGGAACUUUGGCAGAAGAAAUGGGAGUGAUCCAAAAUCUUCACCACCAAACGAGUACACAGUCUAUAGAAUCGCCACUUUAUCGAAGCUCUUCCCCACUCUGAUGCUGUACAAGUUGUGGGAGGACGGUGAAGUGAGCUCCUUGGAUGACCCUAUAGAGAAAUUUGUAAAGAACUUCACCAUAAAGAACCCCCUGGGGAAAGCAUUUACAAGAAACCGAAAAAAACAAUCCCUUUCCUCUAUUACUCUCAGAAGGAUGGCCAGUCAUCUAUCAGGAUUGCCCAGACAACUUAGAGGGACCAGUCUGCUCUGGAAAGGCCAGAUUCAUGAGGCAAUUGAUUUGUUGCAAGAUGAUAUCCUUGUGGCGGACCCUGGAACAAAAUGCCACUACAGUAACCUGGCCUUCUCCCUGUUGGCCCACAUCAUGGCAGACAAGGUGACAGGAACUGAUUAUGAGAGCUGGGUAUCUAAAAAUAUCCUCCAGCCAUUAGGCAUGGAGGACACUGGCUUUGACAUCACUGCAGAGAUUGAGAGAAAGAUGGCAGUGGGGGUUUACCCAAGUGGCCAGCCCACACCUCUCUAUGACCUUGGCUGGUACCGACCCUCUGGACAGAUGUACUCCACUACGGCAGACAUGGCCAAGAUGACGAUUGUUCUCCUGGGGGCAUAUAACCAUGGAUUGCUCCGGGUGGACACACUGAAAACUAUGCUUACGCCUAUGUUCCACUGCGACACCAGCUACUUCUCAAACCAAACAGGCACACCUUGGGAGGUGUAUGAACAGCUGGAAUAUGAGAUAUUCCGUAAAGAUGGAGAUCUGGAUGGUUAUUCGGCUGUACUCUCACUUGUGCCGCACCUUAAGCUUGGGUUGGUCAUUCUGAUGGCUGGGACUAAGCCUGCUGAUGAAGAUCUCGUAACCAAGUCAUACAGUUAUCUCAUCCCUGCUAUGGAGAGGGCCUUCAGGGAUGCACCUCAUGUUCUUGUACCUCCUCCUGAUCCAGCUCCCUAUAUAGGCUUUUUUACCUACAGUAACAUGACCUUCUAUGAAAUCAAAACAGGCUCAGACGGGGUACUGUCACUGCAGCAGUUUGGGCCAACUGUGGAUGGAAUGAUCCCUUUGGAGUAUAACAUUUGGAGGUUGAGUUAUUUAGAGGAGAGGGUGUUCAAAGUGGUGUUUGAGAAAGAGUAUCCAUGUCAGCUGAGGAUCAGGAACACUUCUAUUUCAGUGGAGUCUCAGGAUAGGCAACUGUUUAACUUUUACAUGUUCAAUGAGAAUGGCCUUGCAACUGGAUUUGAUGUGCCAGGCCUGAACACUUACAACGUGAUGCGAAUAUCACGCAGACCGAUUUUCCCCAACUGA